AUGUUGAAGAACAUUCACGAACGAACGGUGAAGAAAGUGAAGGGAAACCACUACGUGGCCACGCACGGCCGGGACACGGUAGACCUGCCGUACGCCCAGGCGAACCGGGGCUACUCGACCGACGGCGAAGACAGCCAGCGGGCUCCGUCCGAGCGAACGCUGUCCGAGUACACGGUGGCGAACGAGCGGGCCACGCCACCGACGGCUCCGGCCCGGAAGUCACGCUCCGAGCACAAAUACCAGAACAACGGAGGCCCCCGGCCACUCUCUAGUCCACCGACGCGCGCCCCACCGAGGGCCCCGUCCGCGCUCAGCUACGACCAUGGCGGCGAAACCGGUAGCGACAUCUACGUCACGUCCGCGGCCUACAAGGCACCAUCGGAAAUAAGCCGUUACAGUGCACACAGAACACAUCAGUCCCGCGGACCAAGAAGCGUCUACAGUGUGGCCAGUACGGCAAAAACGGGCCGCAGCUCAAGGCGGCAAGGUGCCAAGGUGGAGGCAAUGUCCGCCCCGAACCCAUUCUGCCCGAACGUGAAGGGAGUGUGCUGCCUGAUGCUUCUGCUCAACCUCGGCCUCAUUCUGGUAACGCUCGGGUUUGUCAUCGUGUUGCAGUUCAUGGAGCCACUGUUCGUUUGGAUACUCGGAAUGGUGUUUCUGAUAUUCGGCUUUGCAACGCUCAUCGGUAGCAUGAUCUACUGCGUGAUCGUGUGCCGGGAUGCGAAGACACCGUCCCAGCUGAAGAACGAGGACCUCUACUGGACGAAGCACUGGCAGAAGAGCAUCGGCUACACGCCCCAGGAGAUCGACUACAAGACGGACCGGUUCGACGAACGCGACCGCUACUCGGAUCGGUUUUCGGUCAGCAAAAUGAGCGGGAAGUACUCGGACCGCGACAUCACCCGCUACUAGGCGGGACUUGGUGUGGUUCCCCGGCAGCUAGAAUUUUACCACAUCCGCCUAAACUCACACAUACACCUCACUUCACAACAGCAGUGUAAUAUUCUAAUGAACAAUAACUUAGUAAGAGGGAACACAAUACAAGGUGGUUUGGCAAUAGUUCGUUCCCCGACAAUAAGCGGCACCAUUUCCUUUCGCUGUGCCCCAGGGAACAGACUUUUAUAAUAAACUUUAUUACAACUACACACCUCUUUCACACAUGUCCUCACGCUCCACAAAACCAAGUUACUAACCAUUUAAAUUAAAUGAUUUCGCUAAGGAUUAGGCAACGACCCUACGACAGGUGAGGGAAAAGUUUUGCAUUUAAUUUGCAAACGCCAGAAGGAUCAUGUUUCCAAUGCUACUCUCGAAGUACGAUCGAGUGAGAAGCAGGUUACAUACCUUUAACUAGUUUUAACACGACACGCGCGGACACUAGAGCAAUAAUUGGUAACAACUUGAGUUAAACAAAAGGAUAGACAUCAUAACCGUGCUAAGGGCUUACGAUUACGAAUAAUUUUAAUACUGUAACGAAUGCGUCCCGGUCCUUCCCCAAAUCCUGUCCCGAUCUUCGUUUAUGCGUGUGCAACCUUCCCGUCCCAUUGCAAUUGUAUGUAAAUA